AUGAAAUUAACUUUAGUAGUCUUAGCUUUAUUAGCACUAACUUGUGCUGUUAUUGCUUCACCAUCACAAUUACACUCAAGUGCUUAUGGUAUGCUUCUCAGUUCGAGUAAUGACACCUCCUCAUCUGGUGAGGUAGCCAAGAACGGUACUUGUGCAUCAAAGACCGAUUGUUCGUCGUGUACCGACGAUCGUGAUUGUGUCUGGUGUGAGGGUGACAAGGUCUGUGUCAGCGGUACCUUCUACGGUUCCAAGCCAAUCGAUACCUGCAAGGACUUCCAAUGGAUGCAAUGCAAGAUGCAAGGACUCUACACCUUGUUGAUUGCCGGUGGUAUCGCUUUGUUCAUCAUCGUAUUCUUCCUCGCUUUGAUCUGCUGUUGCUGUUGCCGUCGUAAGAAGGUCACCAAGGUCUACCACAUCCAAGACGAGGAGACUCGUAGCCUCUUAUCAUCGAAUCACUCUCAAACACCACUCACCGACAGAAGACGUGAGGAGAUGAGAAUGAAAUACGGUAUCGGUAAGCAAAGCUCAACUUCCUCAUGGAACUAA